UCACACAACCUGACACGCAUAACCAGACGCACCGCAGACGAUGUCAACGAUGCCGGCCGAUGAAGUUGUCUGCUUGCUCACCUUGUGGUGCGGCUCCAUUCGCGGCGACGAGUGCGCUGACCAAUGCUGCAGUCGGAUCCUUCUGCUGUCCCACUUGCUGCCCUGUCCGGCACUAAUGGCGCCUGCCAUUUGCCCCGCCAGCUGUGCACCGGCGCCAAUGAUGAGAACACCCUGCAAGUGGCGUCUUCUUACGUCUCUGGCCGACUCUUUGUGCCGCUGAAAGUUGAACCAGGACUGUGCGUAGUCGUUGAAGAGAGGCAUCGCGGGAUCCUGCCCUGGCGUGAAGAUGCGGCGGUUGCCGCUGAGGAGGGAGGCGAGAAGCAUGUCGGGCGCUGCCAUGUCGCGAGGCUGGUGCUUGUGUAGGUGG